GCCGGGUCUCGGCAGAGGGCAGCAGCAGCCCGACACAAAAGCCUUGGUGGGGAGGGGGUCUUGGCAAGGAACCCCCAAACAUCCCCAACCCCCAGGGGACCCCUAUCCCACGUCUCUGGACUGGGACCACCACUCUGAACCCAAAGCCGGGAGACAAACCACAGCACCCUGGGUCCCAGCCAGGACCCCAGACCCUGAACCACAGCACCCCACAUCCCUGACCUGGUCCCAGGGGCCAGACCCCAGACCCAUCACCCCAUAUCCCUGCCCCAGAUCCACAUACCCAAACCCUAGCUCCCCAAUCCUGACCCCAGCCCCCCAUCUCCCUAAGCCAGACUCCUGAGCCCUGCUGCCCUUGGACCAGGACCCUCUCCCCAGACCAGGACCCUUUCCCCAGACCCCCAGGCCUCCCAGACAAGUGAGGCUGGCACGGCACAGCACAGUGCAGUGUCAGACGGACAUUUGUUAGUCAUUAGGGCUGGAGGGAAGGAGGGCGGGCGCGGGACCAGCCUUUCUUCUCCAGCACAUAUCCCAGCGCCUCGCCUUUUGGUGGCCAGCAUCCAGCCCAGCCGGGCUCUGCCGUCACCAGUCACCCGUCCCCAUCCCGCGUGGGCAGAGGUCAUGGGCAAACUGGCGGUCAUGGGGAUGCUCCGCCGCUGUGGUGGCUUUUGAAGGCUCCCCAGGAAGUUUUGGGAGCGGGGGGCCGGCGGGGGGGAGCAGUCCCGGCCAUGCUGGCCGCUCGCUGACGCUCGCCGGGAAGAGACGUGCCGGGGCGGAUGCGGGAACCGGGGCGGUGAGGCCUGGGUUGGUGCAGGAUUGCACCCACUGCCCCCCACCUCGGGGGCUAUGAGAGAAGACGAGCCGGUGGGAGGAGAGGAAGAGGAGAUGCCAACCUUCAGCUACCGACCGAGUGGUAAGGACAUCCCCUGGGGUGGGCAGGGGGUGCAGCAGGGCCUGAUCCUUCCCUUUCUGCGCUCAGGUAGGGCACAGACCAGCUGCAGACGGUGCCAGAAGAACCUUUCCCUCCAGGCUGCCGUCAAAGUCCUCUACCUCUUCUCCAUCCUCCUCAUCGUGGUCGUGACCGUGCUGGCUGCCUUAGUGUUCAAGAAAGUCAACUCCAUCUCCAACGACAUCAGCUCAGCCCAGACCUAUUAUGAGAAGAAGAUUGUGUCCAUCCAGGAGGAUCUCCAGGGGCUGGAUGAGAAGACCUCGGGAAACUGCUCCGUCUGUCACGAGACGGGACAGCUGGGCCAGGAGAUCACCAAGCUGCAGGGUGAGCUGGAGGAGAUCCAGAAGAUGCUUUUAGUUCAAGAAAUCCUGCUCGACCGGACCUCCCAGACCCAUGACCACCUCUCAUCCACCAGCAACAAAAUCACCAGUGAGGUGGACAACUGCUCCUUGUCCGUCCAGCAGGUCAACGAAAGCUUGGGGCAGUUCCUGGCCCAGCUUGGGGGCUGGCAGGUGGUCACCUCCCAGCUAGACAGCUCUCUCAAGGGCUUGGCCCAGGAGCGCUAUGAUGUCCGAGCAGCCAUGCAGCAGAUGAACUUCACCCUGGGGCAAACCUCUGACUGGAUCCAGGUCAUCCAGAGGAAGACGGAUGAGGAGACGCUGACGCUGCAGAAGAUUGUCACCGAGUGGCAGAACUACACCCGCCUCUUUGGCGGGCUGCGGGCCACCUCCUCCAAGACCAGCGAGCUGGUGAAGACCAUCCAAGGCAGCGUUGGUGCAGCAGCUCGACAGGUCGGCCAGAACUCGGAGAGCAUGCACGACCUGGUGCUGCAGGUGAUGGGGCUGCAGCUGCAGCUGGACAACAUCUCCUCUUUCCUGGAUGACCAUGAGGAGAACAUGAAUGACUUGCGCUACCACAACAGGUACACGCAGAACCGCACGGCUGAACGCUUCGAGACCCUAGAAGGUCGCAUGACGUCCCACGAGAUCGAGAUCAGCACCAUCUUUGCCAACAUCAACGCCACCGACAGCCACGUCCACAGCAUGCUGCGCUACCUGGAUGACGUGCGGCUCUCCUGCACCCUGGGCUUCCACACCCAUGCUGAGGAGCUCUACUACCUGAACAAGUCCCUCAGCCUGGUCCAGGGCACCACAGACCUGCUGCGGGAGCGUUACAGCCUGCUCAGUGCCCGGCUGGACUUUGACAUCCGCAACCUGUCCAUGGUCAUGGAGGAGAUGAAGGUGGUGGAUGUCCGGCAUGGGGAGAUGCUGAAAAACAUCACCAUCUUACGAGGUGUGCCGGGACUGCCGGGCCCCCGUGGCCUCAAGGGUGACGCGGGCGUCAAGGGCCCACCAGGAAGUGAAGGAGAGAAGGGCGACACGGGCAUCAUGGGCUCGCCGGGACCCCAGGGCUCCCCUGGCCCCCCAGGACCCCCUGGCCCCCAGGGUGAAAGGGGUCCCCUGGGCUUGAAAGGCUUCCCUGGCCUCAAGGGUGCCAAGGGCAGCUUUGGGCAAUCUGGCUCUCAGGGACAGGGUGGACCCAAGGGUGACCCUGGCCUCCCGGGGCCGGCUGGGGUGCCAGGGCCAGUGGGCCCCCCUGGCCCGCGGGGCAAACCAGGACUCCCUGGGACCCCCGGUGCUGUGGGCCAGGCUGGCCCGAUGGGGCCCAAGGGGGACCCCGGUUUGCGAGGCCCCCCGGGGCUGCCGGGCCCCCCUGGCCCCCCAGGACAGUAACCCAGCCUGCUGUCAGCCAGGGCACCAGGACAGCGGGGACAGCCACCCCCCCCGGACCUCCAGGGCAUCCCCCACAGGGGUGUGAGGCAGAGCCUCACAGGACAGGGGGGCGAGGGGAUCCGGUACCCCCCAGUGCGAGGGUCCGGGGCUGGUCCUUGGCUCUCAGGGAUGCUGCCGGCUCCAGGCUUGGCCAUUCCCAGCCCCAGGGUGGGGGCUCCCCGUGGGACGGGGUGCAGCUGGUUUGUGCCCUUUGACCCCCACCCCAGCCACCUUCAUCCCCCCAUCCCCGCGCUGUCCCCUCAAUGUACUCGCGGCACAAUAAAGCUGUA